AUGAUCGCAAAACUCUCUUUGCUGCUAACAAUAGUGCUAAUUGUUGAUGGAAAAUCGAAAUUUGAGGGUUUUGAUGUGGAGAAAAUCUUGAAUGGAGACGAUUCGCUGGAUGGGUUGAAAAAUUUGGAGGAGAAAACAAAGAACACGCUGAAAUUGGCCAAAGGGCUGAAGAAUAAAUUGGGAGAACAGGAGCAAAAGGAUUUUGGGGAAUUUUUAAAAUUUAUUGCGCAGUAAGUUGAAGAUUUUUUGAACUUUUUGAAAAUAAAAAAAAAAAAUAAAAAAAAUUGAAUUUUUUUUUAUUUUUUUUUUAUUUUUUCUUGCUAAAUUUUUUUUACAGCGAUAAAAUUUGACCAUAACGCCUUAGGCAAAAUAUUUUUUUUUAAAAUUGAAAAAAUUAAUAGUCUGUCGGGAAAAUAAUGUGGAGUCGUCGCAGAAAAAUGUCUCACCUCAAAAUGUGAGAACUAUGCUUUGCGACGGCUAGCGGCGGCUGUGCAUUUGGUGAGCGAUGAGGCACUUUUCUGCGACGAAGCCACACUAUUUUACCGACAGCUUGAUGUCCAAAUCCACAUUAUUUUCCCGACAGACUGAUUACCUUAUAUGGGAACCGGCAAACAUCAGUCUGUCGGGAAAAUAAUGUGGAUUUGUCGCAUCGAAACUCGCACAACAGUGGGAGUGCGUUCAGAGAGAAAAACACUUUUUUGGAAAUCUUUUUUGAUGAGGUGAGACACCUUUCUGCGACGAAUCCGCAUUAUUUUCCCGACAGAAUCGUAAUAUCAUUCGGUCGGGGAAAUAAUGUGGAUUCUUCGCGAUUUGAAAUCACGCAUCAUCGUUUUGCGGUUUACAAGGGAAGUACCUCAAAUGCGACGCUCGCUUUGAACUUACAAAGUUAUGGGCCAAAGAAGACUUCAAAGACCGGCUGACUUGCUGCUAUAGUACAUAUAUCGGUCUGGCGGGAAAAUAAUGAGAUCGAAAAUAACAACGCCGCUGACAGGGGGAAGUACGCCAAGUGCGACGCUCGAUUUUCUUUAAAUUUUGCACACAUGUCGCUCAUGAACUAAGUAUCAAUUCCUGAAAGUUUUAGCUCGCGCUUUGCGGGCACCGCCGAGAUAUCGAACGAUUUUUGUCGCCGAGAGAGCACGCUAAAUGUGGAGAGCGGUCAGAGAAAAGCCCUUUUUUGGCCAUAACUUUGCCAGUUUCGAGCGGAAAAAAAUGAUUUUUUGUGGAAAUAUUACCCUCUACGGUAGAAAUAGGCAUGAAAUUUUUUGUGCCGAAAUUCGGCAAAAAGUCCUAAAUUUUGGCCGAGUUUCGAUCUAAAAAUCUCGGUUGUUUCUGCAAAGCGCGAGCUAAGAUUCUCGAUUAUGUCUUACUUAGAAAAAAAUAUUCUAAAUUUAUGCCAAGUUUCAUCAAAAUCUGAGCGUCGCACUUGGAGUACUUCCCGUGUAAAUCUAAAGCGCCACAAAGCGAUGAAGGACAAUUAUUAUAACUCCAACGUGCGAAAAAUCCACAUUAUUUUCCCGACAGAUUGCUUUAUUAUUAUAUAUGAGAACCUGCAAAUAUCCGUUUAUCGGGAAAAUAAUGGGCACUCUGUCGCAUCCAAAAUAACAUUGAAACCGUCGAAAAAAUGAAUUGUAUUGCGGCAAAACCAAGUUGCUUUUCACUUCAGCGACACGAUCGGCGCAUCGGCACUGUGCUCAUUAUUUUCCCGACAAACAACGAGAAGUUAGCUGUCAGUUUGUCGGGAAAAUAAUGUGGAUUUGUAGCGGCUUGGAAUCGCCCAUUAUUGUUUUACGACGGCUAGCUGCAGAUUUGGUGCGCGACUGCGGCAAGGCAGGGCAUUAUUUCCACAUUAUUUUCCCGACAGACAGAUUUGAAGCUGUCGGGAAAAUAGUGUGGAUUUGUCGCAGAAAAAUAUCUCGCCUCAUCGCGCACCAAAUCCACAGCCACGGCUAGCCGUCGCAAAGCGAUGAUGGGCGUCCAAAUCGCGAUGAAUCCACAUUAUUUUUCCGACAGACUGAUAUUUCUAGAGGGUAAUGUUUCCACAAAGAAUCAAUUUUUUUCCAAACCACUGACAAAGGUAUGGACAAAAAGUAUGCACAUUAUUUUUCCAACAGACUGAUAUCAAACUGUCGGGAAAAUAAUGUUGUUUUACGACGGCUAGCUGCAGAUUUGGUGCGUGACUGUGACGAAACAGUCAUAUUUUUUCGCAAAAAAUCCACAUUAUUUUCCCGACAGAUUGAUAAAAAAAAUAAUUAAUGCCUCCGGGCAACAUAAAAAAAAAACAUUUUUUUUGAUAAUCGAAAAAGUACCAGUCUGUCGGGAAAAUAAUGUGGAUUUGUCGCAGCAAAAUGUCUCGUCUUGCCGCAGUCGCGGACUAAAUCUAACCACAAAGCGACGAUGGGCGAUUCCACGCAAAAAACCACAUUAUUUUCCCGACAGAUUACUGCAUUAUAUGGGAAGCUGCAAAUAUCAGUCUGUCGGGAAAAUAAUGGGCACUCUGUCGCAUCCAAAACCACAUCGAAACCGUCGAGAAAAUGAAUUGUAUUGCGGCAAAGUCAAAUUUCUCUGCGACAAAUCCACAUUAUUUUCCCGACAGAUUAAUAAAAAAAAUAGUUUAUGCCUCCGGGCAAUUUUUAAAAAAAUAUUUUUUUUUUUGAAAAAAAUAUAUUUUAUUCAUUCUAAAAUAAACUUUUUCAGACACAACAAGCAUUAUGGCAACGAGACCCACCUGAAACACCACUUCUCCAACUAUCAAAACACCCUCAAAGACAUCGAAAAACUGAACGCCCAGAACAACGGAGCAACCUUUGCUCCGAAUCAGUUCUCCGACCUCUCCGAUGAAGAGUUCUCGGCUCAAUUCACCGGCGCCAAGGUUCACGGCAAGCCAAAGGGCGGAGUUCCCUACAAAAAUUUGCAAAAUUCCCGGACAAAGAGGGCUACAGUAAGUUGGCUUUUUUCUUUUGGUGUGCAAAGUGCGACGCUUAGAUUUCCUUUAAAUUUUGCACAGGUAUUGUGCAUAGACCAAAUAUCAAUUGGUGAAAAUUUCGGCUCGCCAUUUGCAGUGAGAGCCGAGAUAUUCAACGAUGUUUGCGGCCGAGAGAGUGCGAAAAAUGCGGAGAGCGGUCAGAGUAAAGAACUUUUUAGCCAUAUUUCCGCCGGCUUCGCCAGAAAAAAAUAAUUUUUUUUGGAAACAUUACUCUUUACGAUAGAAAUAUCCGUUUGUCGGGAAAAUAAUGUGGAUUGUUUGCAGCAAAAUUGUCAAUCUCCAGCCGUCGCGAAGCAAUCGAUAUUGCGUGCCUCCAAACCGCUAACAAGGGAAGUCGUUCAGAUCGCAAAUGAGUUGAGCUAUGGGACCGGUAUAUUCUGAUUCUGCAUAUUCGAAAACGGUAAGAGCUAAAGCAAUUUUUCCGUCUGGGCCCUGGUUUUCGAGAAAAUCCACCGUAAAGUUUGACCGGAAACCCCGCUAAAAAGUCCUCGCUCCGAAAGGCCUUUGGAACAAGAGCCAAAUGGCGGAGGGCGAGUAAAAACGCUCUCAAAAUUCUUUUGUCCGGGAUGCCGGGGGAGGUUCGAGCCCCGCUAGGAGCAAACCCUGAUGUGUAAAUUCAUAGUAGUUGCAAAGCAAAAAAAUAUAUUUUUCCUUUUACAUACUUUGGAAAAAAAUAUUGAAGUGCAUGCGAAAUAAGCAUAUUUCUGCGCUGAACUCAAAAAUGAGGUGUUUAUUCUUAAAAAACUAUGUGAUCUGAAAUUAUUGGGGCACACUUCACCACAAAAAACUAAAAAAUUUCUAUUUUUUUUUUAUUUUCAAUAUCAAAGCUCUUUGGAAAUGGGUUUGAGCCUAGCGGGACCCGAACCUUUCCCGGCAUCCCGGACAAAAGAAUUUUGAGAGCGUUUUCACUCGCCCUCUGCCAUUUGCCUCUUGUUCCAAAGGCCUUUCGGAGCGAGGACUUUUUAGCGGGGUUUCCGGUCAAACUUUACGGUGGAUUUUCUCGAAAACCAGGGCCCAGACGGAAAAACUGUUUUAGCUCUUACCGUUUUCGAAUAUGGAGAAUCAGAAUAUACCGGUCCCAUAGCUUAACUCAUUUGCGAUCUGAACGACUUCCCUUGUAAGAAUCCACAUUAUUUUCCCGACCGAAUGAUAUUACAAUUCUGUCGGGAAAAUAAUGUGGAUUCGUCGCGCCUUGGAAACGUUCAUCAUCGCGACGCAGAGAGUUUUCUUUUUUAUCACGCCUGAUAUCAGUCUGUCGGGAAAAUAAUGUGGAUUUGUCAUCGCUUUCCGACGGCUGGAGAUUUGGAAGGCCACUGCACCCUUUUUGACAUUUUGCUGCGACAAGUCCACAUUAUUUUCCCGACAGCGUCAUAAUAUCAGUCUGUCGGGAAAAUAAUGUGGAUUCGUCUUGGAAUAGCCAGAUUUGGUCCGCCACAGCGACGAUGCAAGACAUUUUGCUGCCACAAGUCCACAUUAUUUUCCCGACAGCGUCAUAAUAUCAGUCUGUCGGGAAAAUAAUGUGGAUUCGUCUUGGAAUAGCCAGAUUUGGUCCGCCACAGCGACGAGACGAGUCAUUUCGCUGCGACAAGUCCACAUUAUUUUUCCGACACACUGACAAAUCGUAUGCACAAUUUACUAUGUUUAUACUCAAAUUUAAAAAAACGAUUUGGUUUUUUAAAAAAAUUUUAGCUUCCCGACAACUUCGAUUGGCGCGACAAGAAUGCGGUUACGUCCGUGAAGAACCAGGCCAAGUGUGGGUGUUGCUAUGCGUUCGCGUCGCUCGCCUCCACCGAAUCCGUCUUCUACAUCGCCAACAAUUACACGUACGACAUGAGCGAGCAACAGAUCGUGUCCUGCUCGCCGGACACCCAGAAUCAAGGCUGUGCCGGCGGCUACAUUGACGAGACGUUGGAGACGAUCGCAAAAAAUGGCGUCGGACUUGAAGACGAGUAUCCCUACACGUCGGGAACAACGGGAAACGUGACCGCGUGUGUGGAGAAUCAGCCCAGAUAUGCGUUUAUCAGCAAUUAUACGGUGGUCACGUCGUACGAUGAGGACGAAAUGAAAGAGGCCAUUUAUACGAAGGGACCCGCGGUUGUGGGUAGGUCGGACAAUAGUAAUAUUUGUCGAGGGAUGUGCGACGCUCAGAUUUUUUAAAAAUUUUGCAACUAUGUCGUGCAUAGGCCACAUAUCAAUUCCUGAAAAUUUUAGCUCGCGCUUUGCAGGGACAGCCGAGAUAUUCAACGAUCUUGCGAGAGAGUAUGCAAAGUGCGGAGAGCGGUCAGAGAAAAACACUUUUUUGACCGUAUCUUUGCCAGUUUCGCGGGGAAAAAAUGGUUUUUUUGUGGGAAUAUUACACUUUACGGUAGAAAUAGACAUCAAGCUUUUCAUGCCUAAAUUUUGCAAAAAAAUGCAACCUUUUUUUCAAAUUUUGUCCUAAAAACUCCCUUUUUUUGUUUUCAAAUCACAAGCUAGGAAUCUCAAAAAUGGCUUUUCCUUCUAAAUGCUCACCGGCGUUUCCCGUAUCUCAGCUGCUCCUGAUAAGCGCGACUAAAGUUUUAAAAAACUAGGGAGAUGGCAUGUGGCCUAGGCCGAAUAUUUGCUCAAAAUCUGAAAGAAAGCUGGCUGUCAAAUUUGCAUUCUUCCCGGAUUUUUCCUAUGAGAAAGCUCGCAAAUUUUUCGACUGUAGGCUUUCCAUAAGGCGCAUGGACUUACAAAGAGACUUAUAGUCAUCAAAACUUUCAGUCAUCGACUCCCGCCAACUCAAGAGCUACGACAAAGGAAUUCUGGAUCCGGUGAAGCCGGCGGACGGCUGGAAGAUCGACCAUGCGGUCUCGGUGAUCGGGUACGGCGUGAACGCCAAGGGCGUGACGUUUUGGUGGGCCAAGAACUCGUGGGGCUCGAGUUGGGGCGGACUGAACGGAUUCUUCAAGGUUCGCCGGGGAACGAAUGCACUGGACCUGGGGAAUACGAUUUUAAUUCCACUUGUUUAG